AUGCAUGGGCUUAAGAGUCCGAGUGGAUCAAAUAUUUUAAAUGAAUUGGAAAGAAUUGAUCUCUUAGUUAUACUAUCAUUUAUCGAAAUAUUUUCAAAUGGAAAGUACAAGGAAAGUGCAUCUUGUGAAUUUUCAAGAUCAUUUUCAAACAUACUAGGCGCGCUGUUCAGUUCGGAGUGCAAUCAGGAUUUAGGUGCAGGUUACGCAGCUGAUGACGCAGCCCGGCCUCAAACCUUCGCAGCUGCGGCCACCCGUCACUGGAAUGUUCGAUCAGUUCGCAAGCUACAGACAGAUCAAGGCAGUUACCUUCGUAACCCUGGAAGUGAACCUCUUACUCACGCCACAUUGGGUGACGUGAUAGCUGAAACUGCACACAAGUACCCAGGCCGAGUUGCCAUUCGUUCUGUUCACGAAGACCUUACUAUUACGUAUGAAGAUCUAUUGAAUCAGGCCGAUUCCUUAGGAUGUGCGUUAAGAGCUAAUGGUUUCGAAAAAGGUGACAGGUUGGGAAUUUGGGCACACAAUUGUGCGGGAUGGAUAGUGGCUUGCGUGGCAGCCUCUCGUGUUGGAUUGGUUUCCGUAUUUUUAAAUCCCGUGUACGAGAAAAAUGAGUUAAAGUUUUGUGUUAACAAAACCAAAAUGAAAGGAUUGAUUAUUGGUGAUAGUAUUAAAAAUAGAGAUUACUAUGGAAUGUUAAAUAAAAUUAUACCAGAGCUGCAGACGUCAAAAGAGUUCUUGCUAAGGUCACAAACAUUUCCAACUCUAACUUCAAUUAUAAGCUUAGGAAAGGAAAAACUGAGUGGUGUAACCAAUAUCGACACUUUAAUAAACGACUUUAAAAACAAUAGCGAAGUGUCUAAAUAUGGACAGGAAUUGAAGCCAGAGGAUCCUAGUUUAUGUCUUUUAACAUCUGGAACGACCGGCGAUCCUAAGGCAGCUAUAGAUUCUCAUUACAAUGUAGUCAAUAAUAGCUAUUUCGUUGGCAAGAGAUUGCUAUUUCAAGAACACCAAACUGCAUGUUUACAGGCACCACUCUUUCACGCUUUGGGCUCAAUAAUAACAAUGGUUGGCCCAUUACGGCAUGGUUCAACUAUAGUUAUAGCCGCACCCACAUAUAAUGUAGCCGCUAACGUCCAUGCUCUUUGUGCUGAGAAAUGUACAGUAAUCACUGGGACGCCUACGAUGUACGUCGAUAUUCUAUCACAUAUUAAAGGCAAAAGUAAUUUACCAAUUAAAUUGCAUAUAGCUCUAGCCGCUGGCGCCCCCUGCAGUCCAGAACUGAUUAGACAAAUGAAUAAACAAAUGAAUACUGAUUUCGUGAGUGCACUUUAUGGAUUAACUGAAACAACGGCCUGCGUGUUUCAAUCGCAAGUUGGAGACAGCGUGGACGUCGUCGCCGAAACAGUUGGUUAUAUAACUGACCAUAGCGAAGUAAAGGUAGUUGAUGAAAAGGGAGAAAUUGUGCCAUUUGGUACUUCUGGAGAACUUAUGGUCAAAAGUUACAGCAAUAUGAUUGGCUACUUUGAUGACCCGGAGAAGACAAAAAAAACUUUUACAGAAGAUGGUUGGCUGUACACAGGCGAUAAAUUUACAAUAUCCCCCGACGGAUACGGUAAAAUAGUUGGACGCUUUAAAGACAUUAUUGUACGCGGUGGAGAGAAUAUCGCACCGAAGGAAAUUGAGGACUUGUUGAAUACUCAUCCAGAUAUAAUUACCAGUCAGAUAAUUGGAGUAGCAGACGAAAGGCUUGGCGAAGAACUUUGCGCAAUCGUAAAACUUCGGGAAGGUGCAAGUUUCACAGCUCAAGAGAUGGCGACCUAUUGUAGUGGAAAAUUAGCUCGUUUUAAAAUUCCUAAGUUGUUAAAGACUAUUGAUGAAUUUCCGAGAACGGGAUCGGGAAAAAUAAAGAGAUAUAAGUUAAAAGAAUUAGUUGAAUCUGGAAAAUUAUGAUUAAUUAAAUACGAAUAUUUUAACAAAUUGAAUGGACAAAAAAAAGAUGAACCGCGCGGUGCCACCCGCCUUUACGUAAUUGCUCCUUAAUCACGAUGUGAAACAUUUCUUAGCUAAUGCUCCUGGUUUGACAACAAUCGCUUUAUAAAAACAAAAAUAUCGGCGCGGUAAAUCUGGUGUUUAUCAAAUUCAAAUAAUAUACAUAUAUAUUAUUUAAUUAAUUAUAAUAUAAAUGUUGAAAUGUAAACUACUUAAAAUA